AUGGGAACAACCACCAAGAAAAAGGCUGGAAAAAAAACAGGUGGUGGUCCUGCACCACCACAAUAUACCCCAGCAGAGGAGCUGGCCCUUGGAUUGAAUGAAAACCGAACCAUUGUGGAGGGCAUCCCUGGGGGCAGCUCUUCCUCAGACCCAAAGACAGGAAUCAGUAGCAGCAACACCUUCAUUACUGUUUUACAUAAUACACCAACACUUUUACCUGUUCCCAUGCAAGUGGUGGCUGAAGCAUAUGCAGACAGUGAAGAAACCCUCUCAGAAGACUGUCCUUUGGAGGAAGAACCUGAGUCCACACCUAGAGAAAGGCUUGCAGAAGAGUCCGCACAAAGAACUAAUACAGAGGGUGACAUCUGUUCCCUCUAUAAACGGCAUCUUCAACAAAAAAUUGAGUUUUUUGAGCUGAAAAAACGCAAAUUAAGAGGAGAAAUUGAACUUGACAACUUGAAAAAGAGAAAAAUUGCUCUAGAGAUAGAGUUGCUUCAAAAGACCUUCAGAGUAAGUGCUAAUACACCAUUUGACACAUAG